AAGAAUAUCUGAAUAUGUAGUUAAUUAAUUCAUUUUUAAAUACCUAAUUAAAUUCCUAUUAAUAUUUUAUUUUGUCUUAUAAAACCUAGCUAAUUUAUAAUUCUCAGGAAGAUUUUAUAAAACAACAAAGAAUGAUGAUAUUAUUUUCUUUUCGUCCCGGAUGUUUUCCUCAUGACGAAUACCGGCCAAGAAACGAAGAACGGAGCACGUAGUUUCACGAAAAACCGAGUUAAAAAUUCCUCAGAUCGAAAAGAAGAUUGUGCUGUUAGAAAUAGAAAACGUCAGUCUUCUAACGUCGACGUUUUCUAGGAGCGCGACCUCGACAGACGAUACUUUCGCACGACUCCCCCGCAUUAUCCGCAGUAUCCACACCUCCUGGUGUCCCACCCCGUCCGCUCUUGGCUCCUAUCCGACCUGCUAUCCUAUGGUUUCCCAUAAUUCCCAAUAAUUCUGCAGGUCUGCGUGCGCGCUAUCUUGGCAGCGUAACCGGUCCGCGAUCCGAGCUGGUUUCCGAAAGGAAAAGGCAUUCCAGGUCGCGAGCUGCUGGCAAUCGGUCCUCGAUUGGAGGACAUCAGCGUUGGAGCGUCGAUACUCGCGCGCGAGUCCACCCGCGCGCACGCACGCACACAUCUAUGAUGCACGUAUCUAUGUACGCACUUAUACAUGCGUACAUAUCGAAAAAGACGUAAAAUCAGCGCAGCGUGGCGCGCAGUGCCGAGAGAUUCGAAUAGCGGUAAGAGUUUAGACGCGAGGUGCGCGGCUCGAAUGGUGGAAUGGAACGGAAUGGCAGUUCCCCUGCGAGAGUAUGUUCCUCGCUCGUCACUGUAGCCGCGCGUAUAUCCACGAAUGCCUGCGUAACGGUGUGUUAUCCGUGCGUUUUCCGCGUCAGUAUAAGUGCGCGCGUGUACACGCGCUCGCGCACCGUGCACGCGGCCGUGCCGUAUCGCGCGCGCCGCGCCGGUCGUAUGGGAUUAGGUGCCGGCGCAGUAGGCCAACGGCGCUCGACGCCUGUGCGUCUCUCUUUUUCCACUCGUGCGUGUCUGACCUACGCUAAGUUGCUGGUGGACUACGUCCCCGAUAAACGGCGCCCGUAUAUCGAUCUAAAUUGUGAAAAUUGAAAAAAAAAAAGAAAUUAAAAUUCUUCCCGGUGCGCGCGGAAACGGUGGACUUUGCGUCCUGUCGGUUUCAUUCUUCGACAUUCAUCAGGUUCCGAGAAUUAAAGAGAACUUUGACAAAGAAGAAGGAGCAACAUUGUGAUCGACAGCGCGAGGAGUACCUUGUUCAACAGGGUUCUUGUGUGAGUGCGGCGAUCGAAUUGAUUAGUGGUGCAAGCCGAGGCAAAUCGUGGUUUGUGAUUACUCUGCGCGAAAUCUCACUCUUACUUUCUCCAGAUGAAUUUUCGGCUUCUCUCUCUCAGUCUCUCUUCCUCUAUCGGUGGACGAAAUUGAUUUGCGAACUCGCGAGUGACUUCACUCAUAAGAUACGUAUCGCUGCGUGUCGCACGUAAUAUAGUGAUUUGCGCGACGACGAAGCGCGACGAAGCCGACAACGUAACGCAACGCUAGACGGCAUCACGAGAGAUUUGACGGGUGCUAAUUACCGUAAUACAAUUACGCGUGACGCAGCACGCGCCGUCUCCGUCAAUCUCCCUCUAUCUUUCGCGCGAGCGAGAUAUUUGCUCUCGAAGAUCGAUCGCGUGCGCGCGCUGGUGUUCAUCAGCUUUCGCAAUGGAAAAUUGCUUUACGACGGAGCUGUCUCAUUAAAUUCGAGGCUCUCGCCGCAAUCAUGCUGGACGUCACAACAUCGUUUCUCCUCGCAAAAUUUGGCGAAGCGACAAACUCGACGUGAACAAUGCGCAAACGUUUACCAAAUUGCGCCGGGCGAAAUUUGCACGAGCGAAUUUUUCACGAGGAACGAAGCUGCAUGAUUUGCGAUGUGCCAGGUUCUUGUCUCAUCGCACGAGGAAUUUCAAUGGCGCUGAACGCUCGUCUGUUAAUUGCGAAGAGCGAGGACCAUUAUCGUAUGAUUUACGUCUGAAAGCACCUGUAUUUCUUUCGAGCGCGUAGCUCGUCUGUAGCACGAAUGCCAAUGAGGAUUCGAUCGUAGAAGCGAAGGUUUUACUUCGACGGACGUGUCUGAGAAUAUAACGGAUGAGAUUCUGCAUGUCGGCGAACAUAUUCAAAAAUUUCAGGGCAAAGAUGUUUCACAGAGAACGAUCGCAACUGACUGGUAUAUCAAAUCUUUCAGAAUUGCAUUUGUUAUUCAUGACCGAGAUGAUCUCCGCUUUUAUUCAAAUAGAUAGUAAUGGUAAAAGCGAGGGACAUGCUGAAGAAUGAGCGCGUGUUGUUCCUGGAAAGAGCAUCAUAAAUAACGAUUUACAUACAACCUUAUUCUCAGAUAUUUGAAUCACUUUGUAGAUUCGUCCAGGAAAAAGCAAUCUGUUAUACACUGCAACAGAAAUUAUAUGAAAAGGUAUAUCUCCGACUAAUUAAUAAACUAUUGCAUAGAAGGUUUUUUAAGCGUUCGAUAGAAACGGGAUGUCUUAGUGAGACGUUAAUUAAUAACCAUCAGACAAAGAAGAGAAGAGCUUGAAACAGCAUCAAAGGAAAAGCACGAUGUAAAAUUUCCUAAAAGCUUAUCAUAAAUAAUUAAUAUCAAAGUCGUGCAGGUUUGACGCGACUUUUCGGAUCCACAGACUUGCAAAUUUCUUGCGAAACGGCACGCAAAUAUACUUCAACAAAUUGCAAGAUUACCACUCGCCUGUUUGCCUCAAGGUGAGAGAGAUGAAUUGACGGAUUCGAUGGAAUCAAUGAUUUUCCUCUUGGCCGGAGGGAGGAAGCUGGUGCGCCCCGUUUCGCGGUAAAACUUUGCGUCGCAGAGCACGACGCGAUGACGUGCGACGCCUAGUUAUUUCGGAUGUAUAUCUGCGAGGAAGAUAGUGGGGACGUCGGCGGCUGUCGUCUGAUCUCUGUACGUCAGUGCGUCGACGUCGACGGAGCACGCGGGACGUCGCGAUCCGAGAGACGACGAAUUGACGGCGACGACGAGACCAACAACGUGGAGCAACGUCACGAGGGCGACGACGACGCGAGGGUGGCGCUGGAGAAUGUGGACGAGCGCAUCGUGCCGUCGAGCGUCCUGAAGAAAGUCAGCGGCUCCGAGUUGUCGGCGAAGCCGCGGGAGUUCCGCAAAAAUCAAUCCUGGAAGGGUCCCUCGCGGAUAGUUCGCGAUGUGCACGCGUUCAAGGGAUCCCGGCGCAGCGCAAGCUUCAUCCUGACUCGGGAGGUUGGCGGGACGGUGCGGAACGUGAUCGCUGAACAGCGCGGAAACACUGUGGAGGACGAUGGAUACACGGCGGUGGUGAACCCGCAGUACUGCGACACGUUGACACGCUCGAUCUACGCGUCGUCCAGGAAUGAGAAUACUCGCGGACGCAUCUUGAAGAGGAGCACUUCCGCGCCGGGAACCGGCGAGCAGAUCUCUCCCGCGAAUAAUCUCGCGAGGACCAAAGAGCAAUCGCGUGUUAGCGCGAACGAUCGCGCGGUGAACGAGAAGGCAAAGGAUACCAAAGAGAACACACACCCCGGGAACUCGGUUCCAGGACACAGUACUUUCCCGUCGAAUCUUGACGUCACAGACGGGGCGCAGAUAACUAGAUAUCGUCUGAGGACUGAGUCACGAUCGAGCAGAUCGCAGGAAUCCGCGACGAAGACGGAGCAGUCGAUCGCGAGGCGUGCUACCGCGCCACCGAUCGAUCUCGCGAGGCGUGCGAAAGCUGCGUCCUUCGUAAUCGAGCGAAAGAGACACCGACCGAGUGCGAAGACGCCCUCGAGGUCCACGGAGGACCUGUCGCAGUGCACGACAAAAAGCGACACGGGUGCUGAUGGAAUGCGGAAUUGCGGCAGCGCUGUUGCGGGCGUCCUCGAGAACGAGGGUUGCGUCCUGCUUGGGGUACGAUCCCUUGAAGACGCGCCCCAGGUCAUCUUGGCACCGCGGCAGGACGACAGGUGCACGAGGAGGGAUCGCGAACGCGCGAGGAUCCUGAGGCGCAGGAGGAUCAAUGGCAGAUCAGCCUCGGUGCCCAGAUUGAACGUGAGUGGAAUCUUUCGGAUAUCCGACGAAAGGCUGUAAAAAAUUUUCUUAUCGAGCGGUCGAUGAUAAUAGCGACGGUUGUAAACUCUGACCGUUAUACCGCACAUUAAUAAACGAGUAAAUAGAAACAGUUUGCCAGUCAUUUCAUAUUAGGAAUAAUGAUGAUGUAUAUUAUGCAAACAGCAUUGUAAAGUUACUGUUACUUUUAGCAUUUACAGAUUAUUCUUAUUUAGUCAUUAUCAAUUUUUCAUUUUCUUUAGCAAGAGCUUGAUUGAUUCCGAUAUUCCUGCACAUAUGUUUAUUAUCCUCAAUUAUUGAUGAUUAAAGAUUACUAAUAUUACUAAUAAGCAUCUCACAAUCAGUCACUUCGAGUACCCGAUAAAGUAAACUCUUCUCGGUACCACCUGUCGCGGCUGCAUCAACAUCUUAUUUUUUCCCGAUGUUCGUGUAGCAGGUGGUAAUUAUUAGCAAAUUACGAUCAGCGUGAGUGCUUGGAACUCGUUUUACCGGACAGCUAGUGAUUUAUAAUAACUCGCUGUGAGCUGCUAGCGCGGGGACGCUUGCCGGUUUCGGAUAAAAAGAAAAAAAUCUACGCACGCCGGAUCUCACGCAGGAUAAAUGCUUGCGAGAUCGAGCGACGACUCGUUUCACGGUGAAAUAUCGUCGUCGCGAUACGGUGGGUUUCGCGACGCUUCCGCGAAUGCCGCGCUCUCACGAUGUGCAAGCGGCUGCUGUUGCAUCUCGCGGUUGCAUGCUGCGCGCCGCUGCUAGAAAAGAUGCGAAACCGUCUCGCGCUCAAGCGCGCUCGAAUCGGUCUCGGCCGUCUCGUUGAAUGGAUGUGAGUCGGGACGCAUUAUUUCCGGCGGGCCGCUUCUAGGGGAUGGGCGCACCUCGCGCUAUUCAGACUGCUAUUCAGAAGACACGCGCGUCUUCCACCUGCGAAUAAAUCGCGCAAGACGAUGCGCGGCUCCGGCCAUUCCUCCGCGCGGACCGCUCGCGGAUGCGAUCCGCGUUCCCCUUUAAGGUGCACCCACACGGGCACGUCGAUGUGGUAUUUAGACGAGAACGAAUCGCUCUCGUCUGUUGCGCAAAGCUGCUUCGGGUAUUUGCGUUGGCGAGUGCCUCGACCCGAGCGGGAAUUUACUUGGCGCGGCUGACUGACUGGCGGCGCGUGUAGCUCGCCUCUCGUUUGACGCAAGUACGUGCGCUAGCUGGCAACCGGCUCUCCGAAUGUGCACUUGAAUUUAUGCACCGGAGGAUGCACACGCGAGACGAGCGCGUUGCGAAACGCUCGCGAUCUCGCCGCGUAUCCAUUAACCCCCGUGCAUAUUUUAACCCCUCGGUUUCUCCAUGUCACGCUCCCCGUUCCCCAUUACGGCUGUAUGUACUUCUGGUACCGUUAGUUUAACGCAUAAUUAUCGGAGCGCAGGCAUUAAUUACUUUGCUAAUGGAGGGCAAAUUAGUUUGCGCGGGGUUGCUGACUUCGUUAUUAUUAUCGCGUAUUAUUAAAGGGAAAAAUAGAAUUAUCGAUUACCACUAAACUUACUUAGUGGAACAUAUUUAUUGCGAUGAUUAAUUGUCGUAGUCAUCAUGCUGAACGGCCGUUGGCCGUUGAUAAGUAGGUUUCAGUUAAAGAUAUCAUUGUACGCGCGAUACCCCUUGCACAAAAGCAAUCUAAUCGUAUCGGCCCGGGAUUGACGAUCGCUUCUUAUUGCGUGUCUCUUUCUUUUCUUUUUUGAGCACGCAUGUAUCAGUUCGCAGUGAUGUAUCGUGUUUUCGCGUUCCCCACUUUCGUCCGAAUCAGCUAUCUAAGCGUUAUCUAAACUUUCGUGCAUGAUCCUCGACAUUCCUCGAAGAACGCGCGUCCGUGAUAACGAACGAGUCGUCCCAUUCCCUCGCUAGUGUACUCGCUCCGGAAUGAUAUUGAUAUAUCGGUGAAUCGACCCAUGAUCUUCAAGCGAAAAUUUAUUUGACGCGAUUGACUGCGUCCUCUUCGCUCGCGGAUGCAUACGUCUUCGACCCCCUUGACACUGUACCUGCUUCACGGGUACAAUGCGUACUUGAAAUUACUCGCGAAUUCGCGUGGGCGAAUCGCAUCCGGCUCGCUAAAGCGCUGGAGAUGCUGAGGCAAUCGCGUGUAGUCGCUUAAAACGCACGAGGCCGAUCUUACGUCCGUUAUCUGCCGAGCGUGCGUUUUAUCACCGACGAGUACGUUAAUGUCGCUAAUAAGACUCGGCGCUCGUUGCAUUAUGAAACGAGCGCUGGGAUAUCGUCGGUAUAGCGCGACCCGUUAAAAGCGUACUCUGAUAGCGCACGUAUUUGCGAGAAGGUAAUUCUCAUGGGGGGAUACGGGUGUGUUCUCUUGCCACCGUGUAUUCUCGCUCGGAAAUCGACGAUUUCCAGACGCAGCAGAGUUACGGUACUGAUAACUAUUAUCUUCCUCGUACAUAAUUCCAUCGGAAAUGAAAAUUAUUCUCUGGGAAUGCAUUUGCUUCUGCUACCGGGUAUAUGCCUCGAUUGUUAUCUAAAUAUACUGAAAUGUCGAUUACGGUGAUUGCUAUCUUCAUUUUGAAUUGAAUAUUUCGGCAGUGGAAUUUCAUACUGACUGAUUAAUGACUCAGGAGUAUCACGUAUUCGCAGUAUCUGGAAAUUUAUCCUAACAUUGAGUUGUUUGUUAAUUCUCCUCAUUAAAUGACAGUUUUCGUAUUUCAUGCUCUGAUGCUCUGACGGAGACACAAUAUCUUGAUUUCGAUUUCGAUAAAUACAAUCAGAAUUAUAGAAUCAUAAAAUUAUUACUCAAUUAUUAGGAUUGUGAAAAACACACUUAUUUAUACCGUACAUAUUACAGUCUUCUUUUAUUAUUUUCCGAUAAUUACAUAAAAACAGAUUCUUCAGUUUAGCAGACUUAUGCAUGACCUCACAGAUAGCGAGUUCUGCGGAGCCUACGUUGUCUCAAUCUAAAAAUAAUAAGUUCGGUUUCUCAGAAUCGCAUAAGAUUACACAACGUCAAACUUUCUUGGCUUUCGCGUGUCACCACGUUUUUGUCUACUAUUCACUUAUGAAAAAAUGAUCGAACGUUGCACGAGAAGGAAAUCAUUCAGCUAUCCGUCGAUACUCUUGCUACCCUUUACUCAUGCCAUUCCUUCCAUGAUUAUGCCGGAGCAAGCACUCCUGUCUUGUUGCAUACAAUAUAUCGUUGUCUGCUUAAAAAGUACACAUCCACAGCAUCGUAGCUUACCAUAUAUGGUCCACAAAUAUCAUACGUGUAGCAUCCAGAGCUGUUUCCGGAGUGGAGGCACAACCGAAUGCGGUUUGUGCGUUGCCAGAGGCGUUGCUCGAUUGUAGCGAAUGCUAGGCGAGUGUUUUACACGAAAAACCGAUAAACGACGUUUGUAUUACAAAAACGAGUUGAGAGACCCGAUCGAGGAGAAAAAUACAGUGUUUGGCCGAACAGGAUAAUCGUUUCGCACGCAAAGGUCUCUCUCGGGUUACUAAACUGGUAAAACGGUCAUCAACGUGCCUAAGCUUAUCGCCGUUUAUUUUGGUACACGGUGCUACUCCGGGCGUCAGCGAUCUCGCGGAACUUUAUGCAAAUCUGCCGACGAAAUCGCGGACCACGCAUUUCGGGAAUGUUAAUGGCACGACGAAGCGGUUUCUCGCGGUCGACGGGAAAUAAUGCGUCGUUCCUAGGACCGGUCUAAGCCGAUCCAGUUUGGAACCACUUUCAGUUUUUGGUACGAAACAUCCUGCGCGGAUAGCCACGAGAGAGAAAUGUUCCCACGACCAUGGCGUUGUAGAAUGUCGGUUUUUGCAGCGUCCUCGCGUUUGCUCCUGUCUCUAGAUUAUUUCACAAUAUAUAUUUCAUAUUAAUCUUAAUUUCUAAAACCAAUAAUGAAAAACGAGCGGUUAUUUUUUCAAAAUAAGAUAAUUAAUUUCUUUGUAUUGAGAAUAGGUAUUCAUACAGUAUGUAUUCUAUUGCAAAUAAUGGUACUAUAUGGUAAUAUAUGGAGUGUGAGUGAUCAUUGACGGGCGGAUACAGAUUAACCGGGAACGACAUAAGUAAUUCUUCCGGUGAUUCUGAGUGGGACUCGUUUAACACAUAAAACAAGAGAGACAUCCCGAAUCUUGUAGUGCUCGUAUAGUGUGACAUAAUUAUCGAUGGCGAACGCGUUUAGCGUACACUGGAGGCUUCCUUAUUGCGCUCCUACGGCUUCCGACCUUAAUAUUGUAACGAUGCACCCCUCUGCAUCGUCUAGUCCGGCCGACCAUCCGCCGAUGCCGUCCGCCCGAACAUCAGGCGGACGAAGACAAGGCGCUAUGCGCCAAAUAAAUUAUCAAAUAUUUAUCGAAUAACCGCCGGGGUAAGGCCCGGAAGGUGACGUAGCGUCGGGGUAUUUUUCCGACUUGUUUUCCGACCGCCGUCCCGACGCCGUCACCGUCGCCGUCGCCGAGAAUUGAAUGUUGCACGCAAUGGUGCGCGUUCGCAGCAUCCGCAGCCUGUCUCGUAUAUCAUUCAUAAAUUGCUCCUAUUAUUCCCAGGCGUUUUAAGAGGUAUCCUAUCAUAUUCGUGACUCCUUGAGAUGUUGCAAGAAUAGCUUGAAUUUUUCUCCAUUCCCAUCGUACAUUUCGAGGUUUAAGAAGACGCGUGUACUCCGAAGUCUCGCUCAGAUGAGUCGUGCGUGUUCACGCAUGGCCGCUAUCUACAACGGGAGUAUCUCGCAUCCGCUUCUGCGUAGGUGCGUCGCUGGAGAAUGCCGAUAACACAAAUGCGCUCGGUUAAACGUCCUGCGGAGGAGGAAUGCACACGGAGGAGUGUGCAUUAACAUUAACGAGGAACUUCGCAAUCUCGAUAUAACGUUUUCUGGAGUGAAAAUGCGCGCGGUGACGUAAUAAGUAGUGAGUUCGUCGGUUACUAAUUGCCUAUUUUCGCGCGCAAAUUUUUCUUUCGUGACUGGAGCAUCCUGCGAGAAUGAACGAAGACAAUGGAUUACGUGAAUCAGGUCGGAAGGAUGAUUGAUCAGGAGAAAGCUUAUGCUAAGGGAGCUAAAGAAGAGGGAGGAGAGGGCGUAAUGGGGCACGAUUUUCUUCUCGUUUUUGCCGAGCAUUACACGCCUUAUCAUUUCCUCAAUAUUAUCCUACAAAUUGUUGAUGGCGAACGAAGAAGUUUAUCGACGCGUUUCGCGCAGAUCGAUCGCUCCGACGUUUCCGAAGGAAACCGACUUUCCCUCGCCGAGCGGUGUGCCAAGCCCAGAAUAAAUUGCGCUCUCUGUUAUUUUGUGCGCUUGGAACUUUCGACAUUGCAAAAACUCUCCUAUCGAACAUGUGUUUCCUCACUGAACACGCGGAGACGUGACUCGUCGUCGCGUUCCUGAAUGAUCUGUUAUAGCUGUUCGGAAAUAUCCGAUAUCAAAGCAGCGUCAAAGCAGCGAUAUCAAACGAGCGGCGUGAUGUGGAUAAUUUGUUGAAUUAUUCACAGACAGAAAAACUGAAAGGAACGUACAUUUCGCGCGUCAGGUUGCAUUCAGCUCGACACAGUCUUUAUUCACAUGGGAAUUUACAUGGGAAUUUAUAUAUGAGAACUAGUCACAUUUGUUUCAAAAUAAGGGAGA